AUGUGGAGGUCAUAUACACGCACGCAAAAGUUAUGGGCAUGUGCAGCAGCUACAGCAGUUACCACAGGAACAACAGUCUAUAUCUAUCAUGACAAACUUCGUCGUCAUCAUCAUCAUCCUCUCUUAUUGCCGCCACGGGAUAAGAUCGUUUAUGCCGAAGCAGCAACUCAACCCAGACCAACAGCUACCACGUUAUUGCCCACCGACAAACCACUUUGGAAAGCACCCUCUCGUGAACAACUGAUACAACAAUCCAAGGAAAAGGAAUUUGAUCUAUUGGUGGUGGGCGGUGGCGCCACAGGUACUGGUACAGCUGUGGAUGCUGCAACACGUGGCCUUAGUGUUGCUAUGCUGGAACGAGAUGACUUUGCAUCAGGCACUUCCUCCCGAUCCACAAAAUUGGUUCAUGGUGGUGUACGUUAUCUGCAAAAGGCGAUCACCGAAUUAGACUAUGAACAAUACAAGCUGGUGGUUGAAGCACUUCAUGAACGAAAGAUCUUUUUGGAUAUUGCCCCGCAUCUCGCAGGCCAGUUGCCCAUCAUGUUACCCGUGUACAAAUGGUGGCAAAUCCCUUAUUACUGGGUUGGAUGCAAGAUGUACGACUUGUUUGCAGGCCGUGAAGCACUCGAGAGCAGCUACUUUUUAACACGAUCCAAGGCUCUGGAGGCAUUCCCUAUGCUAAGAAAGGAUGAGCUCGUUGGUGCACUUGUUUAUUACGAUGGUCACCAUAAUGACGCAAGGAUGAAUGUGGCUUUGGCAAUGACAGCUGUGUAUCAUGGUGCGACUGUUCUCAACCACUGUGAGGUGAUCAGCUUGAUAAAGGAUGAGAAUGGUAUGAAUUGCGGUGCCAAGGUACGAGAUACCUUUACAGGAGAAGAAUGGCAAGUCAAGGCAAAGGGAGUGAUCAAUGCAACGGGUCCAUUUACAGAUGGGGUACGCAAGAUGGAUGAUGAAAAGACCCCUGAUAUUGUCGCUCCAUCAGCAGGUGUACAUGUCAUUCUUCCAAAUUACUACAGCCCACGCAACAUGGGUCUAUUGGAUCCUGCUACUAGUGAUGGCCGUGUUAUUUUCUUCCUACCAUGGGAAGGAAGUACCAUUGCAGGCACAACAGACUCGCCCACGGAAGUAACGCCUAAUCCAAUGCCCAAGGAAGAUGAGAUCAAGUGGAUUUUGGAUGAAGUAUCACGAUACUUGAGCGAAGAUGUCAAAGUACGUCGUGGCGAUGUAUUGGCUGCUUGGUCUGGUAUUCGUCCAUUGGUGCGUGAUCCACAUGCCAAAAACACCGAGUCACUUGUGCGUAACCAUGUGAUCCAUGUCAGUGACGACAAGCUACUUACGAUUGCUGGUGGCAAAUGGACGACGUACCGAGCCAUGGCGAAGGAAACGGUGGAUAAGGCCAUUGAAGUAUUUGAUCUCAAGCCUACGACAUCCAAAUGUCAAACGGAGCAAGUGAUGUUGCUAGGAAGCGAAGGAUACAACACGACCAUGUUUAUUCGAUUAAUCCAGGAAUUUGGAAUGGAUACGGAGGUGGCAGUCCAUCUGGCUAAUAGCUAUGGUGAUCGUGCAUGGGUGAUUGGCUUGAUCAGUGAUCCUACAGGCAUGACAUGGCCGACGUAUGGAAAACGCAUCACACCGAACUAUCCUUAUAUUGAAGCUGAAGUGCGAUACGCUUGUCGUGAAGAGUAUGCAUGCACUGCCGUGGAUGUAUUAGCACGUCGUACCCGUUUGGCGUUUUUGAAUGCUGAAGCUGCUUAUCAAGCAUUACCGCGCGUGGUUGAAAUCAUGGCUGAGGAACUCAAGUGGGACAAGGCACGCCAAAAGAAGGAAUUGGAUAAUGCAGCUAGGUUCCUUGUUACUAUGGGAUUGCAUGAAUCACGUGCAUCGUAUUAG